GCUUAGAGUUGGUAAACAUCGCCAAGUCUAGGAACAGCUGUUCGCACGAAAAGUUCUUAAAAUUAUUUUUGUUUUCGCUUGUUUUUCUCUUUUGGUUGCCUUUUAUUUACAUUAUUAUGCUUUUGUUGCCUAUUAUCGUCGUAUUUUGGCUGGGCGUUGCCGGCAGCAAUGCGAAGUCCAUCAAGAAAUCGCAUGUUAACCUGUUGGAGCCAAUUACUGGCCCAGACGACGCCUGGCAGGGCAAGUGGUUCCCCUAUGCUCCCGGCCAGCCCCACAUCCCGCAGAAUGCGCAACGUGUGCAGGCAACGGCAUCGACGCCAACUACUGAUAAUUGGACGGGCAAGUGGUUUCCCUAUGCGCCAGGAGAACCGCAUGUGGUGAAGGUGACGCCGCAGGAGAGGCAGGACGAGAUGGAGAAGAGUAGCACCACCCCGAAGGAUAGCUGGCAAGGAAAAUGGUUUCCCCAAAGUCCCAACGAACCACACAAAGUACAUAAAAAGCCCCUCAAUGAGGAGAACACUCGCCUUGGGGAAAUCGAUUGCGAUGACGGAAAGAGCAACCUUCGCUUGGAUUACGACCCGAAUGACAUCCGAGAUAGCUUGAAUUACCUGUGCAUCACUAGCAAUCGCAGUCUGUACCAGCCGGACUUGAACAGAGAAGCCCUACUCACAGAGCACUUUCUGCCAAUGGCCUAUGUGCCACCAGCAAAGUGCAUGAAUGAGUCCAUCGAGUACACACAUUUGCCAGUCACCAAUGGCGCGUAUCGUCCUUUACCCGCUGAAUAUGGCGUGUACUCCUAUCUGCCGCCUCAACGUUACCUGCGCAACCUGGCUGAGGGCGCAAUUGUGAUGCUCUAUCAUCCCUGCGCCUUUCCCGGGCAAGUGGAGCAGCUGCAGCACAUGGUAAGCGGCUGCCUGUAUCGUCAUUUGAUCUCGCCCUCGCAGGCUCUCACUGCCGAGCGUCCCUUGGCCCUGCUGGCCUGGAGCCACAGCCUGGAAAUGUCCGUGGUGGACCGGCGACUGGUGGCGGACUUUAUACAGAAGCAUGCCAAGCAGGGACCACUUGCGCUGGAGGAACUUUCGCGGGUGGUGGACAAGAGGGAGGCCUACAAAGAAGGACUGACAACGGAGGCACGCUUGGUUACCACAGCGGAUGAUUACGAGCUGUGCGGCUACAUGAAGGAGGGGAUGUAGCGGCAGUAUGUUAACUAUUUGUUUGCAACUA